AAUUUUUUUAUAGUCAUGUCAGAUAUACGAUGGUAUAAAACUGUUAUGUCAUUAUCACGCGAGUUCCGUUUUUUUGUAAGUGCGCGCAUUACGCGCGUCCUAUCAUUUUCCGGCACGAGGGCCUUCAGAGUUGAAUAUCAAGUUUUCCAAAUCGCGUUAAGGCUCAUUUUCCACAUUGCCCUUUGGAUCGGUUAAAAGUGAAAGUAAGUGACGGCAGAAUGCUUCUUCACAUUUUGCUUUUGAUUCUCUACAUAUCAUCAAGAGUAACAACCCAAAGCAUUAUCCAAGCAACGUCUUUUGAGAAUUUGGAUGAAGAUGAGAGUCAGACUCUAAGAUGCCAUAAGAAAAUUUACUACUUCAGGGUUUCUCAAUCCGAUGAAAACGGCAAAGAAUGCUGGGACUAUUUGAGCAUUAUGGCUUGCUGGGGCAGGUGUGACUCUAAUGAGAUUGCCGAUUUUCGCUUUCCAUUUAAGAAGUCCAACCACCCUGUAUGCGUACAUUAUGGUAGAAAUAAAAAGUUUGCUAUUCUCAGAAACUGUGAGGAGGGAGCUCUACCAUCGGCUUCCAGAUAUGAAUACUACGAAGCUGCUGACUGCAAGUGUCAGCAAUGUUCAUCCUUGGACACCAGCUGUGAGGGGCCCAGAUACCGUUCCCAACGUUCACAACCAGAGGGAUUUAAGAGGAUUACCAGAGGCAGAGACUAUGAGGAUAGAGAGAGAUAUGACUACUAUUAUUAACUCUGUUAAAUUUUAACUUAAAAUAUCAACAUGUAAUGAUGUUAUAAUAAUUAAAAUAAGAUGAUCAAUAGGA